AGUUUACUUGUAUUUCAUUUUCUGCAAAAUUUCUGCAAAAAGCUUUACUAUGUGCUUUCUGCGCGUGAACUGCUGCAUCAUUUGGGGAUUUCCACAUCAAGCUUACGAAACCGAAAUCAGGGGUCUUGACUUCAUUCCUCCCCCUACUUCGUGCAGAAAAUAAGAAAAUGUCUUCAGAAGAUACAAUGAGUGUGGUAGGAAGUAAGGUAAUGCCCUUGGAGUAUGAGAGCAUGGACACGGAGAGUAGUUCGUCUCCAACUAGUUCGGAGAAAACGGUGGAGGGGGUGAGAGGAGAUGAGGUGGUGGAGGUUAGGGGGAAUGAGAUGGUGGGGGUUGAGAGGGAUAGUGUGCCUAUCAUUGUGGUAGAAGUAGAGGGUAGAGGAGAAAGGGGGUAUGAAAUAGAUGCAGAUAUAGUGGAGAAGGUGAAGCAGUACAGAUCUGAACUUGGGACUAGGGAUAGCCUGGGUCAUUUAGUGGAGAAUUACGAGAUCUCUUCCCGAGUGUUAGUUAGGCCAGCUGGGGUAGAGGAAAGAGCAUGCUCUGCUCCUCGGGAUCAUUGGAUGCCUGUGUAUGCCCACUAUUUGUUAGCUGAGCUCAGGUUUCCAAUCCCUGAGUUGCUAGUAGGUUUGCUGUUAGAUUAUAGUAUAGGGUUGACACAGUUAGUCCCCAACGCUAUGAGGUAUGGGAGCAUGGACACGGAGAGUAGUCCGUCUCCAACUAGUUCGGAGAAAACGGUGGAGGGGGUGAGAGGAGACGAGGUGGUGGAGGUUAGGGGGAAUGAGAUGGUGGGGGUUAAGGGGGAUAGUGUGCCUAUCACUGUGGUAGAAGUAGAGGGUAGAGGAGAAAGGGGGUAUGAAAUAGAUGCAGAUAUAGUGGAGAAGGUGAAGCAGUACAGAUCUGAACUUGGGACCAGGGAUAGCUUGGGUCAUUUAGUGGAGAAUUAUGAGAUAUCUUCCCGAGUGUUAGUUAGGCCAGCUAGGGUAGAGGAAAGAGCGUGCUCUGCUCCUCGGGAUCAUUGGAUGCCUGUGUAUGCCCACUAUUUGUUAGCCGAGCUCAGGUUUCCAAUCCCUGAGUUGCUAGUAGGUUUGCUAUUAGAUUAUAGUAUAGGGUUGACACAGUUAGUCCCCAACGCUAUGAGGGGGGGUAGUAGGAAGGAUAAGGGGUGGUAUUAUUUCACCCCUAGGGUAGCAAAUAGGGAGAGUAGGGCGUUGUUUACGGUGGGUCCUUCAUCCAUUAAAGGAUGGAAGGGAAAUUUCUUUUUUGUAGAUGACACGGAGUGGGAGAGGGGGGAUAAUGAGGGGGGGGAUCUAUUAAACAUCAUGGACCUCACAAGCGCACCAUGCAUAGAAGUUGCUGAGCUCUAUGGGUCAAGCGUUUUAAGUGAAGGAGUGGCCAUCCCCAAGAAGCCAAGGAAGAAGUCAAAGACUUCAACCAAGCAAGUGGAUGAGGGGAGAGAUGGGAAGGAGGUAAUGCCCACUACCUCAACUGAGGCGGAGGAGGAGGUGCCACAGUUGAAGAGGAAGGGUUGGGAGGAGAGGAGGGCACUACAGAAGAAGAAGAAGGUGGUGGAGGAGGAGGAGGAGAGGGGGAGCGAGGUUCCCCAGUUUGUACCUCAGCCUCCUCUUGUUGAGUUGGACCUUGAGCUCAGACAGUUGGAGGAGGGGGCUGAGGUACGAGCUCCCGGUAAGGGAAAUGGCCCUGUUCCCUCGCUAGUGUUUCAGAGCAGCCUGUUCGAGGCGAAGAACAUGAUGGGGGCUAGGAGGUUCAUCAACACCACCUUCCCCGAAGUGGACAAACGCAACACACGGGAUGAGGCUCUGAGCGCGAGCUGGGUGAAUGGUCUAGCCCAAGAGUUCAUGGAUAGCGUGCUGAAUGAGCUGGUUCCAACUGUGAAACAGUUGGAGCAAGAGAGGGCUUCCCUGAGCACCAAGCUCGUCUUUGAGGAGAGCAAACGAAGGAUCUCUGAAAGCGAGCGUGAGACUCAGGUGAAGGAAAUAGUGUUGAUGAAGGAUGCUUUCAUGAAGCUAAAGGAGAAUGUGCAGAUGUUGGUGCACAAUGGGAUGAAGGAGCACAUCAGCAGCUUCAUUAGCUCCAGCUCGUUUGACAACAUCGUCAACUUGUACCGGCUGCCCACUGCCAUCAUUGCUUUCGCAGACUGUAAAAAGAAGGUGAAGGCUGAAUAUCCCAAAGUGGAUAUUACAAAGAUCACCUUUGGCAAGCAAGAAGAAGGAGUGGAGGAGAACGGUGAGAGCAUAUCAGCAGACUUCCGUCCUCAAAUCAAAUUGAGGUGGGAGCAUGAUGCAGAUGGACGUGCUGUGUUCCCUCCACAGUUUGACUUUAAGUUCGUUGUAAUGGAGGAAGAAGGGGCAGAGGUAGAGGAAGAUGAGGUGGAGGCAGGAGUGGAAGGGACUGAAGUGGGUGAGAGCCAACGAGUUCCCGAAGUGGAGAUUCAUCUUGUCCCUUUUGACAAUGAGCAGCUUCCUCUACCAGACGAGCAGCAGCCAACACAGCCACCUCUUCCAACUGAGCAAGAGCCAAUGGAUCCACCUCCCCCAGUAGAGAAAUAAUUUUGUUUUUUAAUUUGUGUAAAACAUUUAAACAAUUUGUAAUACUAUUAUUACUUUGAAUGAAAAUUCAUUUUUGAA